CCGCCCGCUGCUUCACAGCACUUGACCUGUCGAGUUAGAAUCGGAGCGUGUUGCGACCCCUCGGUGUUGGUUGUGCAGUCUCUAACUGUCUGAAGGAAAGAAAACCACAGUGUUUUCAUCAGCACAGUGGCAACAUGGCAGCUGCAGAGGCAGGAACAGGAGACGUCCAACCCCUGAGACAGAGCAGCAGCAAUCCCAUCAUCAAACCUACCAUGUCUGAGCUGAGGGUUGUUCUGCUGGGGAACAGCUGGUCUCUGAGGAGAGAAGUGGGGAACUUCAUACUGGGAGAGGCCAAGUUCAACACUGAGGAUCCAGACUGCUGUGAGACAAGCAGACCGUGGAAGAACAACCCAGUUCUCAUCAACACUCCAGAUCUGCUGCAUCCAAACAUCUCUGAGGACAAACUAAAGGAACACGUGGAAGACUGUGUGAGGCUCUCUGCUCCUGUUCCUCACGUGUUCCUGCUGGUUCUACAGCCUGAAGACUUCACUGAGGAACUCAAACUGAGACUCUGCAAAGUGCUUCAGCUCUUCAGUAAUCGAUCAUUUGAUCAUUCACUCAUUUUCAUAUCACCGUCCAGAGAUGAGGGCUCAUUUGAAAACUGUAUGAGUCAUCCACCCUUAAAGGACAUGAUCAGGAUGUGCAGGUACAGAUACCUGUGGCAGAAGAACUUUGACCGUCCAGAGCUGUUAACACGUUUGGGUCAAGUUGCAAAGGAGAACAAUGAAGAUCAUCUGAGCUGUGAUGUAUUUGAGGAUGAGGAUGCUGGAUUAUUGAUGAGACUAAAGCCUGUUCUAAACCUGGUCCUGUGUGGGAGGAGAGGAGCAGGGAAGACUUCAGCAGCCAAGAACAUUUUAGGUCAACCUGAGCUUCAUUCAGUCUCCAACUCAUCAGUGUGUGUUAAACAUCAGGGAGAGGUGUGUGGACGUUGGCUUUCCCUGGUGGAGCUGCCUGCCCUGUAUGGAAAACCUCAGGAGGCAGUGAUGGAGGAAUCUCUCAGGUGUGUCUCCCUCUGUGAUCCUGAGGGUGUCCAUGCCUUCAUCCUGGUCCUACCUGUGGCUCCCCUCACUGAUGAAGAUAAGGGAGAGUUAGAGACCAUCCAGAACACGUUCAGCUCUCUAGUCAAUGACUUCACCAUGAUUCUGUUCACUGUGGAGUCAGAUCCUACAGAUCCAGCUGCUAACUCUCUAAAGGAAAAUGAGGACAUCCAGGAGUUCUGUGAGAGCUGUGGAGGAAGAUCAUUUGUUCUCAACAUCACGGAAAAACAGCAGAUCCCAGAGUUGUUGGAUACUGUGGAAAAGAUGAGAGUUAAAGGAGCAGGAUGCUUCUCAAAGGACACGAUCAUCAAGGGUCAGAUUGAGAUGGUGAGGAAGAUUUCAGCUGAACUGCAGGACGUGAAACACAGGAGUGAGGAGGGAGGUGAUGACGGGAAACAGAGCAGAGGGAGAGAACGUAAACUCAGUGAGAUGAGUGACGACACAAAGGAAGUCCCACGGGCAGAGGUGGAGAGGAUUUUGAAAGAGAAGGAUGACGAGAUGAAGAGAAAAGAGGAAGCCCUCAAGAAAAAACAUGAAGAGAUCAAAGUGCUGCGCGUAAAACUCAGUGAGCAGACAGGACAGAUCGAAGAGGAGAGAAAACUGAGAGUUAAACAGCUGAAGGAAAAAGAUGAGUUAAUCAGCAAGGAGCGCAAAGAGAGAAAGAGAGAACGUGAAGAUGAGGCAAAGAGACAGAAACAACAAGACCUGAGAGUUCAGUCAGAAAGGGAACAAAAGGAAACGGCUGAGAGGAAGCUGGAGCAGUGCAGGAGGGAGAUGAAGAGAGAGCGAGACGCUUGGGAUAAAGACAGGAAGGAGAUCUGGGAGCGAAUGCAUCAGGAGGAUAAAGAGAACCUGGAGGAGGUGAAAACGAGCCUCAGAAAGCUGCAGGAAGAGUAUCACUGGAAGAGGAAAAAGUGGACAUAUUCAUGGAUUGCCUUAUUGCUGUCAUUUAUAGUGUUCUUAUUAUAUUAUGUAUUUUACACACACACUGGGGAGAGUGCAAAGGCAGAAAAGCACAUAUGAGGGGGUUUGCAUCAGGUGAGAGUGCUCAGUUAAGACAGGUUCCUCCUAAAAUAGUUUGCAGUAACUGAACAGUUGUUCAUAUACAGCAGUAAUGAGUGAGGAGGCUUAUCUGAGUAGAUUUCUGCUGUGUGAGCAUCGAGCAGCAUCUGCCCUUUUACUCACUCACUGCAGUGUCUGGGCAUUCGGAGGUCAAAAUCAUGUCCAAAAAUGUCUCACAGUGACAGUUCACACAUGCAUAAAUGUGUCGGGUUACUGCAGCUGAUUAGAGACUUGCAUUAAUAAAGUUGAACAGGUGUACCUAAAGAAAUGGCCAGUAGUUCAGGUUGGAGGAAUCUUUGAAUGUAGACGUUUACUGUGCUCUUAACAGGGAGUGGUCACUAGAUGGCGCUGUUUGAUUGUUUGUCCAUGUGACUGCUGUAACACAGUAGCUGGAAUCGCUGCUUUAAUGGGAAUGUCCCUUUAACAAUCCUGGAUUUCUUUGGCAAAUGUUUUUGGGCCUGGAUAUGGGUCCUAGGAUUGUUAAAGGGAUAUGUGUACUCGUAUUGUUAUAAAUGGUGAAUUGAUGCAUAUAAUUACUGUGUAAUUUUUAAUGUAAAUCUUAUUUUUUUGUUCAUUUAAUUUUCAGACCACAGUCAUGCAUUCUCAGAAAUUCCAAAGCCUUAAAAGUGUGCAGCUCAUUAGUGUGCUCUGUGACAGCUGAACAAAUAAAGUAGGUUACUGGGCUGCAUUUGAUUGACAGCUGUGUUUUAUUCGGUCCUUCCAGUUUUCACUCUUCAGCAGUUUUUUAUUCCUAAUUGUUUUCUGUGUAACUAGAAGGGCGCUCAGAGCGUUUACUUUGCCCACCCCAGAUUUUCUGUGUGCUGACACUUUUCAGUCACGUGAAAACUAUGAAUAGAUAGAUACUGGGACUGAAUCAUUAUGUCAUCAUUUCUUCAUAAUUAUCUGUCUCCUCCUUAAGUGUAAUCCAAACACUGAGAAAAGCAGCAUGGUGAUCAGCCGCUGGCUAGAACACUUUACAUGGCAGACCCUUAGUGGGUGAUCCUGGGUUUGAAGGCUAUAAGCAGAUUUUAAAGAUGUAUUUUAUUUGAUAUUGACCAACUUUACAGAGAUGGUUAUUUUGAUUAUUAGAAAAA